UAGGGCUUGGAAAGAUUACCAGGUAGCCGUUUGAGUGAACGUUUUAUAUUCAGUGUAGGAGUUCGAACAAUUUCUCUCCUUUCCUUUUUGUGUUUUUUCUUCUGUUCGAUUGCUUUCGCUUCUCUAGCCGAUGCUCCUCGUUUCACCAGAUUGAAUGUUAUUGAGCGUCCUCCGAACACAUCAUCGUGUUCCUCAAAUUCGCCUUGCUGCUGCAUGAGCGCUUUCUUCGACGCUAAACUCGAUGACUCCUCUUCUAUUGCAGUUUCCAUUACGUGUUCGUCCAGGAACCUUCGGGCACUCUCCGUCGAAUCCAAUUCAUGAAGUACGAAUUUCUUCGGUUUGUUUACCAAUCUAGCAGCUCUGCAGGGAAUGCAGCGAGUAAAGCAGCAAAACAUAACAUCACAAAAUCGAAUUUACCUCUCUGCUUCUCUCUUUAACGUCUUCUCUUCGUAAAGCUGUUUUUGGCGUUCCAGUCUCUCUUGUUUCCUACGGGCUUUCUCUCUUUCCCUUUUCUUUUUUUCAGGCAAUGUUUCCUCGUCGGUCUCGCUACCGCUCUCACUGCUACUACUAGCAGCACUUUUGAUCCUUUGAUGGGUGCCUUCAGUCUCAUCAUAAAUAUCGGGUAAUUCCGACUGUUCAAUGACUUCUUCGUCCUUGUUCUCAAAAUCGUCGUCCGGGAUCUCUACCGCCUUCCCAGCAUUUUCCUUGUGUUGUAUGGCUAUAUUUCGCUUGAACAGCUCACAAUUUUGA